AUGGAGGAGUUUCCAGGGAUCACGGGCGGGGUUCCUCCACUGAUCAUUUACCCUGGUCGGAAUGUCAUCUCAAGUCUCUCGUCCUCCGAAUGGGAAGGAUUUCUCGACUCCUGGCUUCUCAGUCUCGAGUACCGAUUACGACUCCCGGACCAGCAAUUUCGGAGUUUCAAGUUCUCUCAGAGUGCGAGUGGCAUCCCUUUCUUGACAUCGUUCCACCGCUCGAUGUUGGAGCAUCUGGAAGCGUCGCCCUCCUCAGCGACACAGAAGGAGCGACUGUUGCUCAAGCGGGCGUAUCUACUACUCAGAAGACUUCUGCUUGUCACUCAGCUGCCAUUUGAUUACGAUAGUGCAGGUCUCGUUGAUUUGCUUGGCCGUGCAAGCCAGAUCUACUCCGGGGUCGGGGAUUGGAGAACAACACUCGAUGCUGUGUGGAAGAGGAACAAAUCACAGUUGUCAUCCGCGAUAGAGAGUGUGCAGAAGACAGCACUGAACGACUUGACUGUACAAUUGAAGUCGGCCACGCUCUUGGAUACGUACAGACGUCUCAAUGCUCUCGUCAGAUUGUCCGCGGAAACUGGCCUUGUCUUGAUGACCGGAUCAGAUUACCUUGAAUCUCUCAUGGAGGCCUACGAUCGUACCCUAGCGUUAUCGGACCCAGCUCUCUUACAGAAAGCAUUCACUGAGCAUAUCUUCUAUUGUCUGCGGAGUCUCAUGUCUGAUGGUUCCCGACAUGGCUCAAUGCUUCUAGACCAUCUCUAUCAUAUGAAGUCUGAAUCUGAACGACGGACAAAAUCUAAACCGGCCGGCCGGACACUUUGCUCAAGUUUGAUCUGCACCACUUCAAUACUGAGGCACCUUGCAGCAGACGAUGCUGUCAACGGUGGAAAACGAGGGCAAGGCUUGUUAGAAUUUUUCAUGACUUACCGCCAAAAUAACCUUCACUUGCAUCCCCCUGCUGCGCCCAGAAAGCGAAAGAUCUCAAAGGGGAAAGGAAAAGCCAGCGCAACCGAGGAGAUGCACAUACACAAAGCGUCACAGAUAUCACAAGUACAUGAACUCUUUCCUGACUUAUCAAAUCAAUACAUCCUCGGCCUCCUGGAUCACUUCAAUGACGACACAGAGGCUGUCAUUGCCGGUCUUCUUGAACCAGGAUCUUUACCCCCUGACCUGCGUAACCCAGAAGAACACCAAGGACAAUCUACAUCCUAUGAUGGCCCGGCUCAUGAUCUUGCACCUCAUUCCACACCACCACUCUUACCGCAGAGAAAGAAUGUUUUCGAUGGCGACGAUUUUGACAAGCUAAGAAUAUCAUCAUCUCGAUUACAUAAAGGCCGAAAAGAGAUGACAAUUGACCAGCCUCAAGAUGCAGGCACUAAUGCCCGCAGCAAAGCUGCAAUUAUGGCUGCUUUGGCGGCUUUCGACUCAGAUGACGACGAGAGAGAUGAUACUUACGAUGUUGCUGACGUUGGGGGCACAGUCGAUUCGACAAUCGACACGGACAGGAGACCACGGCCGGAGACAAAUGCUGAAGGCGAACCCCACGAAGAGUCACUGUUCAAAGCAUGGAAAGCCAACGCGGAGCUCUUUUCACGUGACAGUAAAACCCGUGUCUCAAAACCACGACAGGACUUGAAGCGUGAAACGGGCAUGAGUGAUGAGCAGAUUGAAGGUUGGGCCAUCAUGAUGAACAGAGAUACAAGGUUGCUAGAGCGUUUGGAAAAGAAAUACUCUGCAUCAAGCACGUAUGCUGGCAAUCAACCUGCGCUUGCCGCAUCUCGUUGGCACGGUGGAACCCCUGACGACAGUGAAGAAGGAGAAGCUUCGCAUGACAAUCGGCGCAUGGGGCAGGCACAGAUCCGAGGCAACCGCAGUUGGGGACGUGGUAAAGGGGGCAGUACUGCAGGUCCUUCUGGUGAUGUCUCGACUCAGAGGGCGAGAAAGCGAAAAGAACAGGGCAGAGGUAGAGGUGGUGCCAAUCACAAUCAGAGAGAAGGAAGGGCACGAAAGAUGGGCCGAGGCAUGGCGGGUCCUGCAGCACAGUAG